AGAGCCCCGAGUGUCCGUUCACUGUGGAGACAGGGGUGGCGGAGUGGGUGUCCAGGGCUCGGGGCUGCAGAGGCCCCCGGAGGGGUGGGGCGCGGAAGAGGCUAAGGAUCCGCCUCCGCGCGGCAGGGCCGGGUGCUAGGGGCGCGGCUCUGGGCUCCCGGGACAAGGGGCUCCCGGCGAGCCCAGUGGUUAGCGAUGCUGCUGUCGCCGUCGCUGCUGCUGCUGCUGCUGCUGGGGGCGCCGCGGGGCUGCGCCGAGGGUGUGGCGGCCGCGCUCACCCCCGAGCGGCUCCUGGAGUGGCAGGAUAAAGGAAUAUUUGUUAUCCAAAGUGAGAGUCUCAAGAAAUGCAUUCAAGCAGGUAAAUCGGUACUGACCCUGGAGAACUGCAAGCAAGCAAACAAGCACAUGCUGUGGAAAUGGGUUUCAAACCAUGGCCUCUUUAACAUAGGAGGCAGCGGUUGCCUGGGCCUGAAUUUCUCCACCCCAGAGCAGCCGUUAAGCUUAUAUGAAUGUGACUCCACCCUCGUUUCCUUGCGGUGGCGCUGUAACAGGAAGAUGAUCACAGGCCCGCUGCAGUACUCCGUCCAGGUGGCGCCUGACAACACAGUGGUGGCCUCACGGAAGUAUUUUCAUAAGUGGAUUUCUUAUGGGUCAGGUGGUGGAGACAUUUGUGAAUAUCUACACAAAGAUUUGCAUACAAUCAAAGGGAACACCCACGGGAUGCCGUGUAUGUUUCCCUUCCAGUAUAACCAUCAGUGGCAUCAUGAAUGUACCCGUGAAGGUCGGGGAGAUGACUUACUGUGGUGUGCCACGACAAGCCGUUAUGAAAGAGAUGAAAAGUGGGGAUUUUGCCCUGAUCCCACCUCUGCAGAAGUAGGUUGUGAUACUAUUUGGGAGAAGGACCUUAAUUCACACAUUUGCUACCAGUUCAACCUGCUUUCAUCUCUUUCUUGGAGUGAGGCACAUUUUUCAUGCCAGAUGCAAGGAGGUGCGCUGUUAAGUAUUACAGAUGAAACUGAAGAAAAUUUCAUAAGGGAGCACAUGAGCAGUAAAGCAGUGGAGGUGUGGAUGGGCCUCAAUCAGCUGGAUGAACACGCUGGCUGGCAGUGGUCUGAUGGAACGCCGCUCAACUACCUGAAUUGGAGCCCAGAGGUAAAUUUUGAGCCAUUUGUUGAAGAUCACUGUGGAACAUUUAGUUCAUUUAUGCCAAAUGCCUGGAGGAGUCGGGAUUGUGAGUCCACCUUGCCAUAUAUAUGUAAAAAGUAUCUAAACCACAUUGAUCAUGAAAUAGUUGAAAAAGAUGCGUGGAAAUAUUAUGCUACCCACUGUGAGCCUGGCUGGAAUCCCUACAAUCGUAAUUGCUACAAACUUCAGAAAGAAGAAAAGACCUGGCAUGAGGCUUUGCGUUCUUGUCAGGCUGAUAACAGUGCGUUAAUAGACAUAACCUCAUUAGCAGAGGUGGAGUUUCUUGUAAUCCUUCUUGGAGAUGAAAAUGCAUCAGAAACAUGGAUUGGUUUGAGCAGCAAUAAAAUUCCAGUUUCCUUUGAAUGGUCUAAUAACUCUUCAGUCAUCUUUACUAAUUGGCACACACUUGAGCCCCAAAUUUUUCCAAAUAGAAGCCAGCUGUGUGUCUCAGCAGAGCAGUCUGAGGGACACUGGAAAGUCAAAAAUUGUGAAGAAACACUUUUUUACAUUUGUAAAAAAGCAGGCCGUGUCCUCUCUGAUGCUGAAUCAGGAUGUCAAGAGGGAUGGGAGAGACAUGGUGGAUUCUGUUACAAAAUUGACACAGUCCUUCGAAGCUUUGACCAAGCUUCCAGUGGUUAUUACUGUCCUCCUGCACUUGUAACCAUUACAAACAGGUUUGAACAGGCUUUUAUUACCAGUUUGAUCAGUAGUGUGGUAAAAAUGAAGGACAGUUAUUUUUGGAUAGCUCUUCAAGACCACAAUGAUACAGGAGAAUACACUUGGAAGCCAGCAGGGCGGAAACCCGAGCCGGUGCAGUACACACACUGGAACGCACACCAGCCCCGCUACAGUGGUGGCUGUGUUGCCAUGCGAGGAAGGCAUCCACUUGGUCGCUGGGAAGUGAAGGACUGUCGGCACUUUAAGGCAAUGUCCUUGUGCAAGCAGCCAGUUGAAAAUCAGGAAAAAGCAGAGUAUGAAGAGAGAUGGCCCUUUCACCCCUGCUAUUUGGACUGGGAGUCAGAGCCUGGUCUGGCCAGUUGCUUCAAGGUAUUUCAUAGUGAAAAAGUUCUGAUGAAAAGAACAUGGGGAGAAGCUGAAGCAUUUUGCGAAGAAUUUGGGGCUCAUCUUGCAAGCUUUGCCCAUAUUGAGGAAGAGGAUUUUGUGAAUGAGCUCUUACAUUCAAAAUUUAAUUGGACAGAAGAAAGGCAGUUCUGGAUUGGAUUUAAUAAAAGAAACCCACUGAAUGCUGGCUCAUGGGAGUGGUCUGAUAGAACACCUGUUGUCUCUUCGUUUUUAGACAAUAAUUAUUUUGGAGAAGAUGCAAGAAACUGUGCUGUUUAUAAGGCAAACAAAACAUUGCUGCCCUUACACUGUGGUUCCAAACGUGAAUGGAUAUGCAAAAUCCCAAGAGAUGUGAAACCCAAGAUUCCAUUCUGGUACCAGUACGAUGUACCCUGGCUCUUUUACCAGGAUGCAGAAUACCUUUUUCAUACCUUUGCCUCAGAAUGGUUGAACUUUGAGUUUGUCUGUAGCUGGCUGCACAGUGAUCUUCUCACAAUUCAUUCUGCACAUGAGCAAGAAUUCAUCCACAGCAAAAUAAAAGCGCUAUCAAAGUAUGGUGCAAGUUGGUGGAUUGGACUUCAAGAAGAAAGAGCCAAUUAUGAAUUUCGCUGGAGAGAUGGAACACCAGUGAUAUACCAGAACUGGGACACAGGAAGGGAAAGAACUGUGAAUAAUCAGAGCCAGAGAUGUGGCUUUAUUUCUUCUAUAACAGGACUCUGGGGUAGUGAAGAGUGUUCAGUUUCUAUGCCUAGUAUCUGUAAGCGAAAAAAGGUUUGGCUCAUAGAGAAAAAGAAAGAUACACCAAAACAACAAGGAACGUGUCCCAAAGGAUGGCUAUAUUUUAACUCUAAGUGCCUUUUGCUGAAUAUCCCCAAAGACCCAAGCAGUUGGAAGAACUGGAUGCAUGCUCAACAUUUCUGUGCUGAAGAAGGGGGGACCCUGGUCGCCAUUGAAAGUGAGGUGGAGCAAGCUUUCAUUACUAUGAAUCUUUUUGGCCAGACCACUAAUGUGUGGAUAGGUUUACAAAAUGAUGAUUAUGAAACAUGGCUAAAUGGAAAGCCUGUGGUAUAUUCUAACUGGUCCCCAUUUGAUAUAAUAAAUAUUCCAAGUCACAAUACCACUGAAGUUCAGAAACACAUUCCUCUCUGUGCCUUGCUCUCAAGUAAUCCUAAUUUUCAUUUCACUGGAAAAUGGUAUUUUGAAGACUGUGGAAAGGAAGGCUAUGGGUUUGUUUGUGAAAAAAUACAAGAUACUUCUGGACAUGGUGUAAAUACAUCUGAUAUGUAUCCAAUGCCCAAUACCUUAGAAUAUGGAAACAGAACUUACAAAAUAAUUAAUGCAAAUGUGACUUGGUAUGCAGCAAUAAAAACCUGCCUGAUGCAUGGAGCACAGCUGGUCAGCAUCACAGACCAGUAUCACCAGUCCUUCCUCACUGUUGUCCUCAACCGGCUAGGAUAUGCCCACUGGAUUGGACUGUUCACCACAGAUAAUGGUCUUAAUUUUGACUGGUCUGAUGGCACCAAAUCCUCUUUCACUUUUUGGAAAGAUGAGGAGUCCUCCCUCCUUGGUGACUGCGUUUUUGCCGACACCAACGGACGCUGGCAUAGCACAGCCUGCGAGUCAUUUCUGCAAGGUGCCAUUUGUCAUGUGCCGCCCGAAACAAGACAAUCUGAACACCCAGAGUUGUGCUCAGAAACAUCUAUUCCCUGGGUAAAAUUUAAAAGUAAUUGCUACAGUUUUUCUACAGUCCUAGACAGUAUGAGUUUUGAGGCUGCUCAUGAAUUUUGCAAAAAGGAAGGUUCUAAUCUUUUAACAAUCAAGGAUGAGGCUGAAAAUGCAUUUCUCCUAGAAGAGCUAUUUGCUUUUGGUUCUUCUGUCCAGAUGGUUUGGUUGAAUGCUCAAUUCGAUGGUAACAAUGAAACCAUAAAGUGGUUUGAUGGAACUCCCACAGACCAGUCAAACUGGGGCAUUCGGAAGCCAGACACAGACUACUUCAAGCCCCAUCAUUGUGUUGCCCUGAGGAUCCCUGAAGGAUUAUGGCAGCUAUCCCCAUGUCAAGAAAAAAAAGGCUUUAUAUGUAAAAUGGAGACAGAUAUUCGCACUGCAGAGGAGCUGCCAGAAAAAGGACCAAGUCACAGCAUCAUUCCUCUUGCGGUAGUACUGACACUGAUAGUCAUUGUGGCCGUUUGCACACUUUCCUUCUGCAUAUACAAGCAUAACAGUGGCUUCUUCAGGAGACUUGCAGGGUUUCGGAAUCCUUACUAUCCUGCACCCAACUUUAGUACAGUACAUUUAGAAGAAAAUAUUCUCAUUUCUGAUCUUGAGAAGAGUGACCAAUAAUAAUGAGGUCAGUGAAUGCCACAGCCACCAGGGUAAGUAAAGAAGACUAAACAGGAGUCUCAUCUGUCUUUCCCUUUACAGCCCAGAUGCCAUUAGAAUGUGAAUUGGGUCACUAUUUUAAUUAUUCUUGAAGUGAUUACUGGUUUUGAAUUUUAACCAAAUCAGAUGGGUUUUGAUUUAUUCAUUUCCCUAAAUUGUGAUCCAUUCUUAAAAGGGGGAAAUUAUGCAUUGGUUGUUUUUCAGAAAGACAAGAACUAUUAAUUAAACGAAACUCCCUAUUGAAAACUCUGAAA